AUGGCUGAUGAAAAGUCCAAGGAAGGAGUCAAGACUGAGGACAAUGAUCAUAUUAAUUUGAAGGUGGCGGGGCAGGACGGUUCUGUGGUGCAGUUUAAUAUUAAGAGUCAUACACCACUUAGUAAGCUAUUGAAAGCCUAUUGUGAACAACAGGACACACCUGCACAGUUGGAAAUGGAGGCUGAAAAUACAAUUGGUGUGUUCCAGCAGCAGACAGGAGGUGUCUACUAGAAAAGGGAACCUGCUACUUUAUUCCAGAAUUCUGUUCCUCCAGACCAAGAAGACAUUCUCAAUUAGAAAACCGCAAUUUGGUUCCACCACAUCCUGACUACUACAGUAUAGUUUUCUCUAUUCUUUCAUUUUCCCC